AUGGAUAAUUCAAGCAUUCAAUCGGACAAUUUAUCUGCUAGUUGGGAAUUUGUUUCUGAAAUGCCUUCAAAUUUUAAUUCUAAUACAAGUAUGAACUCGGCCGGUGACGCACCAUUCUGGCGCGGUCAGGACGAUAUUGUUAUUACAGGUGUCAGCGGCCGAUUUCCAAGAUCUGACAAUGUUGCUGAAUUUGGAGAACACCUUUUUGCUGGCGAAGAUUUAAUAACUGAAGAUGAUCUUAGAUGGCCACCAGGUUAUUAUGAUUUACCAAAACGUCAUGGAAAACUUAAAGAUUUAAAAAAAUUUGAUGCUCAAUUUUUUGGUGUUACACCAAAACAAGCUAACUACAUGGAUCCUCAAGUAAGAAUAUUACUAGAGGUUGCCUAUGAAGCAAUGAUUGAUGCUGGUAUCAAUCCACAAGAAUUAAGAGGAACAAAAACUGGUGUUUUUGUUGGAUGUUCAGCUUCAGAAACAGGAGGUGCAUUAACUCAAGAUCCUGAAACUGUUACUGGAUAUACUUUAACUGGAUGUGUCAGAUCCAUGUUUAGUAAUCGUCUCAGUUUUGCUUUUGAUCUUAGAGGUCCAUCCUUUAGUGUUGAUACUGCAUGUUCUUCAUCUAUGUGUGCAUUUCAAUUAGCAGUUGAUGCAAUGAGACAAGAUCAAUGUGAUAGUGCUAUAGUUGCUGGAGCACAUUUAACACUUACCCCAACUGCCGCUCUUCAAUUUUUAAGACUUGGUAUGCUUUCUGAUAAAGGAUCAUGCAGGUCAUUUGAUGAAUCUGGUGAUGGGUAUUGUCGUACAGAAGGUGUAGCAGCAAUUCUUCUUCAACGUGCACCAAAUGCAAAACGUAUUUAUGCUACUGUUGUUCAUGCUAAAAGUAAUACAGAUGGUUAUAAAGAACAAGGUAUUACAUUCCCAUCUGGAGAAAGACAAGCUUCUCUUUUAGAAGAAGUUUAUAGAGAAGCUAAUGUUGAUCCAAAUACUGUUACAUAUGUUGAAACACAUGGAACAGGAACUAAAGUUGGUGAUCCACAAGAAGCUAAUGCUAUAUGUGAAGUUUUUUGUAGUAAUAGAUCAUUAGAUAAUCCACUUUUAAUUGGUUCUGUUAAAUCAAAUAUGGGACAUGCUGAACCAGCAUCUGGUUUAUGUUCAAUUGCUAAAGUUCUUUUGGCUAUUGAACGUGGUGAAUUACCUCCAAAUCUUCAUUAUAAUGAACCAAAUCCAUAUAUUCCUGGUUUAUCUGAUGGAAGACUUAAAGUUGUUUCUGAAAAAACACCUUUUAAAGGUGGAUAUAUUGGAAUUAAUUCAUUUGGUUUUGGUGGAUCUAAUACUCAUGUUCUUUUAAAAGCAGCUGAUCAUAAUACUGAAGUAACUAAUGAAAAAGCACCAUUCCCUAAAUUAAUUAUAUAUUCUGGUAGAACACAAGAUUCAGUUAAAACUGUUCUUAAAUAUGCUGGAGAACUUAAAGAUAAUAAUCAUUUUCAUGGAUUAUUAUAUAAUCAAGCAAAUAUUAAUCCAAAAGAUACACCAUAUCGUGGAUAUAUUUUAUUAAAUCGUGAAAAAUCUGAUGAAGCAAUUAUUGAUGUACAAAAAGUAUCAAUAACAGAACCACGUCCAGUUUGGUUUAUCUAUUCUGGUAUGGGAUCACAAUGGCCUGGUAUGGCACAAGGUCUUAUGAAAAUACCAUUAAUUGAUGAAUCUCUUCGUAAUUCUUCUAAAUGUCUUGAAGAAUAUGGAAUUGAUGUUUAUAAAAUGCUCAAUAAUUCUGAUCCAUCGCAAUAUAAAAAUAAUACUUUAAAUUGUAUGCUUGCCAUAGCUGCUAUUCAAAUUGCCAUAACUGAUCUUUUAACAUAUUUUGGAAUUGUUCCAGAAGGUAUAGUUGGUCAUUCAACAGGUGAAAUGGGUUGUGGAUAUGCUGAUGGUGGUUUAACUCGUGAACAAACUAUGAAACUUGCUUAUCAUCGUGGUAAUUCUAUUAUGACAAGUAAACUUCCAUUUGAAGGUGGUAUGGCUGCUGUUGGUUUAACAUGGGAAGAAGCUACAAAAAGAUGUCCUGAAGGAGUUGUUCCUGCAUGUCAUAAUGGAAGUGAUUCUGUUACAAUAUCUGGAGAAGCAACAAAAGUUAAAGCAUUUGUUGAUGAAUUAACAAAAGAAGAAAUAUUUGCUAAAUAUGUUGAUUCAUCAGGAAUACCAUUCCAUUCUCCAGUUAUGAAUCGUUGUAAAGAUAGUAUGUUAGCAGCAAUGAAAAGUACAAUUGUUACACCUAAACCUAGAUCAUCUAAAUGGAUAUCAACAUCUAUUCCUGAAUCUGAAUGGGAAAAUGAACUAGCUCAUUUAUGUUCAGCUGAAUAUCAUGUUAAUAAUGCAUGUAGUCCAGUACUCUUUUAUGAAGCUAUUCAAAAAAUUCCAGCAAAUGCUGUUACAAUUGAAAUUGCACCACAUGCUCUUCUUCAAGCUAUUCUUAGAAGAAAUGUUCAUAAAACAUGUACUAAUAUUGGAAUGAAUAAUAGUAAAGCUGAUGAUGAACUUGAAUUUUUCCUUCAAUCAGUUGGUAAAAUUUAUCAAGCAGGUAUAAAUAUUAAACCAGAAAAACUUUAUCCAAAAGUAAAAUAUCCAGUACCUAAAGGUACUCCUAUGAUAGGACCACUUUGGAAAUGGGAUCAUUCACAAGAUUGGCCUGUUGUAGAUGGAAAAAUGAUGGCAUCAAGUGGUGGUGGUCAAGCUGCUUCAUCUGCUUCUUAUAAUAUUGAUCCAUUUUCACCAGAUUCAAAAGAAGCAUACCUUCUUGAUCAUUGUAUUGAUGGUAGAGUUUUAUAUCCAUUUACUGGACAUAUGGUUCUUGUAUGGAAAACACUUUGUAAACUUAAAGGUGUAGAUUUUCAAAAAACAACAGUUGUAUUUGAAAAUAUAAAUGUUUAUAAAGCUACAAUAUUAACCAAAGCAAUUAGACUUGAUGUUGUUAUUUCACCAGGUAAUGGAAAUUUUGAAAUUCUUGAUGAUGAACAAAUAUGUGCUUCUGGAAGAAUAUAUAUUCCUGAUGAAACACAAUUACCAUAUUACAAUAACUUUGAUGGUAUUCAAACAUCACCAAUUGCUGAACGUAUUGAAUUAGAUACAGAAGAUGCAUAUAAAGAAUUCCUUUUACGUGGUUAUGAAUAUGGUCAAGCAUUUAGAGGAAUAUAUAGAGUAUGUAAUUCUGGAGAACGUGGUACACUUUAUUGGAAUGGUAAUUGGGUAACAUUUCUUGAUUCACUUCUUCAAACAGCUUUACUUGCUGAACGUGCUGAUUCUCUUCGUCUUCCAACAAGAAUUCGUUAUCUUCGUAUUGAUCCAAAUAAACAACUUGAAAGUAUUCAAGAAAAGGAUGGUAUUCAAGUAAUUGAACUUAGAAAUGAUAUUCCUACAAAUGGUUGUACAGCUGGUGGUGUUGAAUGUUGUGAUUUAACUUCACAUACAGUAACACGAAGAAUGCAAAUAUCAGGACAACUUUUUGUUGAAAAACUUCAUUUUAUUAAACAUUUUGAUGAAAAAGCUUUUGAAAUAUUUCCAAAUGAUGCUAUUGAAAUUGCUUCAUAUAAAAAAUCACUUAAAUCACUUAUUUUUAAUGGUCUUUUAAAUUGGAAAGAAUUAGGAUUUCUUGACUCAUCAAAAAAUAAUCAAAUUUAUAAUGUUAUUUUAUCAGAACUUAAGAAAAAUUUAGUUGAUAAAAAUAUAUCUAUAGAAAAAAAAUAUCUUGAUGAAAAUCAAUAUUCACUAUUUAAUACACUUGAUGAAAUAUUUAAGCUUGAAAAAGGAAAAGAAGAUGAUUCAAGUGAUUUUGAAAAUAAUAUUACAAAUAAAAUUAAAAAUUCAUACAAAAUAUUUGAUGCUGAUAAACUUUGGGCUGCUGCAUUUCUUCAUGAUCGUAUUCUUAAAGCUGUUCAAGAUAUUGUUAUUGAAAAUUCUGCUGGUCAUAAAAAUAAAUGUAUCCUUGUUGAUAUUAAUUCUACAGAUAUAUUAAAACAUUGUGUUUCUGCUAUCAGUUCUCAUCCAUUAUUAGAACUUGAAUGGACAGUAGCAGGUGGUAAUGUUAAUGAAUUAGAUGAAAACACUUUAACACAAUUAGGAGCUAAAAAACUUGCAGUUAAUUUUGAUACAUUAGAAUCAAAUAUAGGAGAUGCUAAAAACUUUGAUUACAUGAUUUUAGAUAGAGUACUAAAUAGAAAAGAAAAUCCAUUAAAUUAUAUUAUUAAAUGUUGUGAAGCAUUAAGAGAAGAUGGAUUUAUUAUUAUUAAUGAAUUUACAAGAGAUUUUGAUCUUGUUGCUUCUGUUGAAUUAUUUAAUGGACGUAAUUUAUCAUCAACUGAUAAUAAUGAUAGAAAAUUUGGUGUUUUCUUUACACAUCAACAAUUAUUAGAUCUUUUCAAAGAAGCUCAAUUAAAUGUUACAUGUAUUCAAACUGAUCCAUCAUUACUUACAACAAUGUAUGCUAUUCGUAAAAUACCAAAAACACCAAAAGAACCUGUAUUUGUAAAUGUUGAUGAUGUUGAAAAUUUUGAAUGGGUUGAAAAUCUUAAAGAAAAAAUUGAAGAACGUCUUAAUGAACCUGAUUCUAAAACAAUUUGGCUUGUCUCUGAUAAAGUAAGAAAUAAUGGUGUUAUUGGAAUGGCUUUAUGUUUUAAUGAAGAAAAUCUUAAACAUAAUAGAUUCCGUACAUUCUGUGAUAUAUCAACUGAUAUAAAAACAAGAAAUGGACCACCUGUAAUUUCUAUUGAUAGUGAAGAUGGUAAAAGAAUAAUCAAUCUUGAUUUACAUGCAAAUAAUUAUAAAAAUGGUCAUUGGGGUUCUAUGAGACAUUUUGUUGUAAAAGACGAUGAAACACAUAUUUAUAAAGAAUGUGAACAUGCUUUUAUUAAUACUCUUGUUCGUGGUGAUGUUUCAUCAUUAAAAUGGUUUGAAUCACCAAAUCAAUUUUUUGAUUGUGUACCAAAUAAAUCAGAUCAACUUAAACUUUGUUCAAUUUAUUAUGCUGCACUUAAUUUCCGUGAUGUUAUGUUAGCUUAUGGACGUCUUCCACCUGAUGCAAUUCCAGGAAACUUUGCUGAUCGUGAAUGUUUACUUGGAAUGGAAUUUUCUGGACGUCUUCCAGAUGGUAAACGUCUUAUGGGAAUUUUACCAGCACAAGCACUUGCUACAUCAGUUGUUGUUGAUAUUGAUUAUGCAUGGGAAGUUCCAGAUUCAUGGACACUUGCUGAAGCUGCAACUGUUCCUGUUGUCUAUACAACAGCAUAUUAUGCUCUUGUCUUACGUGGGCAAAUUCAAAAAGGUGAAUCUAUCUUAAUUCAUGGUGGUUCUGGUGGUGUUGGACAAGCUGCUAUUGCUAUUGCAUUAUCAUAUGGUUGUGAAGUUUUUACAACUGUUGGUUCAGAAGAAAAAAAGAAUUUCUUAAAAAAAAGAUUCCCACAAUUAACUGAUAAAAACUUUGCUAGUUCAAGACGUACUGAUUUUGAAACAUAUAUACGUCGUGUAACCUAUGGAAGAGGUGUUGAUAUUAUUCUUAAUUCACUUGCUCAAGAAAUGCUUCAAGCUUCAGUACGUUGUCUUGCUCAACAUGGUAGAUUUUUGGAAAUUGGUAAAGUUGAUCUUUCGCAAAAUACUCCUCUUGGUAUGGCUGUAUUUUUGAAAAAUGUUACUUUUCAUGGAAUUCUUCUUGAUGCUGUUAUGGAUACUUCUGUUGGUAAAAAAGAAGAUUGGAUUAAAGUUGCUAAACUUCUUGAAGAUGGUAUUAAAUCUGGUGUUGUCAAACCAUUACCAUAUUCAUCAUUUUCAUCUGAAAAAGCAGAAGAAGCUUUCCGUUUUAUGUCUGCUGGUAAACAUAUUGGAAAAGUUUUAAUGAAAAUACGUGAUGAAGAAGAAUCUAAAAUUUGUUUACCAUCAAAAAUUAAAGUUAAAGCUAUUUGUAGAACAUUAUGUAAUCCAACACAUGUAUAUCUUAUUACAGGUGGACUUGGUGGUUUUGGUUUAGAAUUAGCACAAUGGUUAAUUAAUCGUGGAGCUAGAAAUAUUGUUUUAACAUCAAGAUCUGGUAUAAAAACUGGAUAUCAAGCACGUUGUGUUCAUUUUUGGAGAAGAACUGGUAUCAAUAUUAUGAUUUCUACUUUAAAUAUUUCUUCUGAAAGUGAAGCUUUUAUUCUUAUUGAACAAUGUCAAGAACUUGGACCAAUAGGUGGAAUAUUCCAUCUUGCUAUGGUUUUACGUGAUUGUCUUUUUGAAAAUCAAAAUGUUCAAAAUUUCCGUGAUGCUGCAGAAGCUAAAUAUUAUGGAACAUUAAAUUUAGAUAAAGCAUCAAGAAAAUUAAUUACAAAUAAUACUUUACGUUGGUUUGUUGUUUUCUCUUCAAUUACCUCUGGUCGUGGUAAUGCUGGACAAACAAAUUAUGGAUGGUCAAACUCAACUAUGGAACGUAUGAUUGAACAAAGAAGAGAAGAUGGAUAUCCAGGAAUUGCUGUUCAAUGGGGAGCUAUUGGUGAUGUAGGAGUUAUUCUUGAAAAUAUGGGAGAUAAUAAUACAGUUGUUGGAGGUACAUUACCACAACGUAUGCCAUCAUGUCUUGCAACAUUUGAUUUAUUCUUAUCAUGGAAUCAUCCUAUAGUAUCAUCAUAUAUUAAAGCUGAAACAGGUGGAAAAAAAUCAGCUGGUGGUGGUAAUCUUCUACAAACAAUAGCACAUAUUCUUGGUGUAAAUGAUGUUUCACAACUAAAUCCUGAUGCAAAUCUUGGUGAUCUUGGUUUGGAUUCAUUAAUGGGUGUAGAAAUUAAACAAGCACUUGAAAGAGAUUAUGAUAUUGUUUUAUCAAUGAAAGAUAUUCGUACUUUAACAUUAAAUAAACUCCAACAAAUGGCUGAAACUGGUGGAGUAACAUCUGAGGUACUUCAAUCAACAGGUGGAGAUUUAAUUAAAGAGAAUGAAAAAGAAGCUGAACAAAAUACUGUUGAAGUUUUAGAAAAACAAAUGAAUCAACUUUUUAAAAUGAGAGUAGAUGUUAAUGAUUUGGAACCAGAAGAUAUGCUUGUUAAAUGUAAUAACAUAGAAGAAGGUCCAAAAAUUUUCUUCCUUCAUUCAAUUGAAGGUAUUGCUACACCAUUAAAGAAAGUUAUGAAAAAUUGUAAGUUCCCUGCAUAUUGUUUCCAAGCAACAAAAAGUGUACCAAAUGAUUCAAUUGAAAGUGUUGCUAAAAGAUAUAUAAAAGAAAUGAAGAAAGUUCAACCACAAGGACCAUGGAGACUUGUUGGAUAUUCAUAUGGUGCAUGUAUUGGUUUUGAAAUGGCAACAAUGCUUCAAGAAGAAGAUGGUGAAGAUGCAGUUGAACGUUUAAUUCUCUUGGAUGGAUCUCAUCUUUACAUGCAAACAUAUAGAAAUGUUUAUCGUAAAGCAUUUGGAGUUACAGGAGAUACAUUAGUUAACAAUCCACUCUUUGAAUCUGAAAUCAUGUGUGCCAUGACUCUUCGUUUCGCAAAUGUUGACUAUAAAAAAUUCCGUCUUGAAUUAUUACAACUUCCUGGUUUUAAAGCAAGAAUUCAUAAGGUUGUUGAAACUGUCAUGACAACAGGUUUAUUUAAAUCACCAGAUACUAUUCAAUUUGCAUGUGAAGCAAUGCAUUCUAAAUUUUUGAUGGCAGAUAAAUAUAAACCAAGAAGAAAGUUUAAUGGACUUAUAACAUUAAUUCGUGCUGAACAAGGAGCAGCUCGUGAAGAGGAUGUUGGACAUGAUUAUGGUAUUAGUCAAGUAUCAGAUGAUAGUAAAGUUUUCCUUGUUGAAGGAGAUCAUGAUAGUUUUGUUCAAGGUAAAACUUCAGCAAAAACAGUUGAACUUAUUAAUACACUUAUUGCUGAAACUCAUAAAUCUAAAUUUUAA